AUGGGCGGAGCCUCAACAAUCGGAGAGCUAGGACCGAUGACCAGUGCACGUAAUCGAGCUUCCAGUUCCGAAGAUGCAAAAUCUAGCCGAUCGAAUAGAGAACAAGAGACUAAGAUGCGUGAGAGUAUCCUGAGUCGAUUGAGCAAGCGAAAGGUUAGCGACAGUGACGACGACACAACCGAGCAGCGAUUUUCGAUUCAGCCAAAAGACGCACAAAAAGCGAAAGAGGACCGAUAUCGGGAGAAGGAGCGGGAAAGAAGGAAGGGGAGGGACCAUCGAGAUGACAGAAGAGCAGGUCGUGAAAUUGAUGCCAGGCCAAGUAAUCGGGAUCCAAGAGGGAAAAACGAACGAUCGGAUAGAGAUGGAAAAGGACACGAACACAGACAUCAUUCCCACCACCACAAACAUGACCGAACGUCAGACAGGGAAAAAGAAAAACACAGAAAAAGAGACGAGCGAAAUAAGGACCGUCAUAGACAAUCACGAACCACUUCCCCAGAAGAUGACCGUACUCAAAAAUCGCCACUGAAGAAGGCACGACAAUAUGAUGCUCCAGAAGACGCAAAGCUUUUUGAUAGAGUUCUUGACCCAAAUUACAAAUCCAAGCAGCAAGAAGUGUUAGUUGUGGAAGAUGUUGAAAUGUCACCAGUUGAAAUCUUGGACGAAAAAGAAGAAAAAGAAAUCACAGAAUUCACGAUAGAUUCGCCAGCUGGUCCGAAAAAGUAUUCAAAGUUCGAAAGCGACCCGGAAAGCGAUCAUGAAGAGGAAAAGAAAGUUCACACAAUCAAAGAUUCGGACGAUGAUGAUGUGGUCGAAGUACACGACGAUCCAUUACACUCAGAUUAUGAUGAAGACGAAAGUGAUGAUGAUAAAUAUUCCAAAACUCCAGAAGACAGAGAAUGGGAAGAGAUGACGGAGACUGAACUACGUUUGCACAAAGAGGCUAUGAAAAAGCGUCAAGUUGUUCGACAAAAAGCGCUGAUCGCUCAGUUGCCAGUUUUCUAUCCAGGCCUUAUGGGAUGUCGAAACAUAGAUGAGUAUGAGUGUGUCAAUCGAGUUGAUGAAGGAACUUUUGGAGUUGUAUAUCGUGGAAAAGACAAAAGAACGGAUGAAAUUGUCGCAUUAAAGCGACUGAAAAUGGAAAAGGAGAGGGAAGGAUUUCCGAUUACAGCUCUUCGUGAAAUCAAUAUGCUUCUCAAAGCUGGAAAUCAUCCGAACAUUGUGAAUGUGAAAGAAAUUCUACUGGGAAGUAACAUGGACAAGAUUUACAUGGCGAUGGAGUUCGUGGAGCACGACAUGAAAAGUCUUCUUGAUACAAUGUCGCGCCGCAACAAACGGUUUUCCAUUGGAGAGCAAAAAACUCUGAUGAGACAACUUCUUUCUGGAAUCGAGCAUAUGCACAAGUUAUGGAUCCUGCAUCGUGAUCUCAAAACUUCCAAUCUCUUGAUGUCUCAUACUGGAGUUUUGAAAAUCGCCGAUUUCGGACUUGCUCGUGAAUAUGGCGAUCCGUUGAGAAAGUUCACAUCGAUAGUUGUGACUCUGUGGUACCGUUCUCCUGAGUUGCUUCUCGGUACCAGACUUUAUUCAACUCCAGUUGAUAUGUGGUCUAUCGGAUGCAUCAUGGCUGAACUCAUAUUGCUGAAACCAUUGUUUCCAGGACAAGGAGAAACAGAACAGAUCAAGAAGAUUUUCAUGGAGCUGGGAACUCCAACCGAAUCUAUAUGGCCUGGUGUUUCAGAACUUGAACGCUGGAAAACUCUAACUUUCGAGAAAUAUCCUUAUAAUCAAUUGAGAAAGAAAUUUCUUGCUGGCAGGCUUCUGAACGACACUGGAUUUAAGCUACUCAAUGGGUUGCUGACUUUGGAUCCGAAAAACCGAGUCUCAGCUUCUCAAGCACUUGAUCAUGAAUGGUUUGAAGAAGAACCGCAUCCAGUACCGCCAGAAGAGUUUCCCACGUUCCCUGCCAAAAGCGAGCAGAACAAGGCUCCGCCUCCGGCCGCAAAACCCAAACAACCAGAGAAUCGUAUGGCACAUGUGGAUCCCGAAACUGCGAAGCUCUUGAAACAAUUCGAGGUUCGCCCUGAGCAAGUUAAACCAGGCGGUUUCUCUUUGAAGUUCGACCCAACAAGAUUUUGA